AUGACAGCCGGAGCCUGUUUAGAUAUUCAGACAAUGUUGUUCGGUCGUAAAUCAUCGAGCAAGUUACAGCCAGUUAAAUCUCAAUCAUCGCCCAAAGUUAGCAAGAUUAGCAAACAGGAUGUUAAAUCUUCUUCGUCACCUAAAUCUUCUUCGUCUUCACCUAAACCUUCUUCUACACCCAUACCGAUUAGAUCAUCCAAGUCAAUACUGUCUUCUAGCAACCUAACUUCGUCAAGACGUGCUUCUUCAGUUUCUUCGCCUUUAAGCAUCAUCAAGAAUGUUUCCAUUCGAGAAGCUAAGAGCCCCAAGACAAGCAGCUCACCUAAAUGGACAGGAAACUUCAUUCUUAUGGUCGAGCUUCGCAGGAAGAUCUUUACCUUCAGAGACAUCAUUGAUCUUUCUACUAUCGACGGUUCUCCUUCCAUAACCGAUAUGGUGAUGCAUACAAUGAAAGAUCUCAAGAAUCUUUGUCCUGAGAUCAUCCAUAGCUCACAUAUCUCUGAGAUUAGACGUGCAAAUGUCGAUAAGGUUCUUGAUCAUUUCUUUAAUGCGUUAAAGUCCAUUGGAGAUUCUUGGAUUGAUAACCCUGAAUGGAUAGCUAAAUCCAAGUACUGGAGCAGCAGCGUUGGAAAGAAUCAGUCUGAUCGAUUAGUGGAGAAAGUGUUGGCAGCGUUAGAUGGACUAAUCAAGAUGUCGAAAGAAAGGUUUGAUAUGAUGGAGAUUGAUGAAGAAGAAGAAAAGAAAGAACUCACCAGCAGUCCAAGAACUGCCAAAACAUCGAGCAGUCGAGUCUUAUCUCCAUCUGAAUCGUUCUCCGAUAGCAGAGACUCGUUUUGCGUGUCACCAAUCACUCCAAGAUCGGUUCUACCAGAGCCAAUGAUGGGCUCGCCGGGGAAAACAGGAGACUUUGCAAACUCUGCAUCACAUCUUCUGUGGAAUAUGAGAGUGCAAGCACUCGAGAAGCUUAGUCCUAUCGAUGUUAAGCGACUUGCUAUCCACAUCUUGUCACAGAAAGAAGCUCAAGAACCAAACCAGAGCAACGGAGAAGAUGAGGUUAAUGCUGUUGUUGAAGAGAUUAAGCAGAAGAUGGAUGAAAGAGAGAUUGUUGAUGUGAAGAUGGAGACAGAAGAAGAAUCUGUUGUUCUUGAUGAGAAAAAGGAUACUAUCAUGGAGAUCUCUUCAUCAGAAUCUAAACUCAAUGUUUCAGAGACAUCUGAAAUUGCACCGGACUCUUUACCUUCACCUCCUCCUCCUCUAUCCACUAUUAAAACUUCAUCUUUACCUUCUCAACCACCACCUCCUCCUCCUCUUCUUCCUCCAUCACCACCACUGAUUUCAAAGCCAUCUCCUCCACUACCGCCACCGCCUCCACCACCGCUUAUGCCUUUAAAAGGCUCAGCUCCACCACCUCCACCUCCACCUCCAAGAACUUCAGUGGCCCCACCUCCUCCUCCUCCACCUCCAGGGACUACAGCAGCAGCAGCACCACCUCCUCCUCCACCGAUGCAAAACAGAGCACCACCGCCUCCUCCCCCUCCUAUGCCUCCAGCUAAUGGAGUAGCACCGCCUCCACCACCACCUCCUAUGCCUCUAUCUGAUGGAGCAGCACCACCUCCGCCACCACCUCCAAUGGCUAUGAGAAAUGGAGGAGCACCUCCUACGCCACCACCUCCAAUGUCUAUGAGAAAUGGAGCAGCACCGCCUCCGCCACCACCUCCAAUGGCUAUGGGAAAAGGACCAGCACCGCCACCUCCACCACCAAGAAUGGGUAUGGCAAACGGACCACCUGGCCCACCACCACCACCAGGAGCAGCUGGACCACCGCCUCCACCAGGAGCAGCAAGAAGCUUGCGCCCCAAGAAAGCAGCUACAAAACUGAAAAGGUCAACCCAAUUAGGGAACCUUUACAGAAUCCUCAAAGGGAAAGUAGAAGGUCGUGAUCCCGAGGCGAGAACCGGUGGCGGAGCCGGAAGAAAAGCUGGAGUCGGAAGCGCUCCCGCCGGUGGAAAGCAAGGAAUGGCUGAUGCUCUUGCUGAAAUCACAAAGAAGUCUGCAUAUUUCUUGCAAAUACAAGCAGAUGUCGCCACAUACAUGAAAUCAAUCAACGAGCUCAAGAUUGAGAUCACUAAGUUCCAGACUAAAGACAUGACUGAGCUUAUUAGCUUCCAUGGCCGCGUCGAAUCAGUUCUUGAAAAACUAACGGAUGAGACACAGGUUCUUGCGAGAUGUGAAGGCUUUCCACAGAAGAAGCUAGAAGCAAUAAGAAUGGCUGCUGCAUUGUACACAAAGCUUCACGGUAUGAUCACUGAGCUACAGAAUUGGAAGAUAGAAGCUCCUUUGAAUCAGCUUCUUGAUAAAGUCGAACGUUACUUCACAAAGAUCAAAGGAGACAUCGACACGCUUGAUCGAACCAAAGAUGAAGAAGCUAAGAAGUUCCUGAGCCACAACAUUCACUUUGACUUCAAUAUACUUGUUCAGAUCAAGGAGACAAUGGUUGAUAUCUCAUCAGGUUGCAUGGAGCUUGCAUUGAAGGAAAAGAGAGACGAAAAGCUUGUGUCGCCUGAUGCGAAACCGAGUUUGAAAAAGACAGUAGGAUCUGCUAAAAUGCUGUGGAGGGCAUUUCAGUUUGCAUUCAAAGUCUACACAUUUGCUGGAGGACAUGACGAUCGAGCUGAUUUUUUAACCAGAGAGCUGGCUCAUGAGAUCCAAACUGAUACUACUCAGAACACAUGA